UCGAUCCAUCUCAGCUCAUCAGCUCCGGCCCUUAAAAAACUUACUUAAUUGCUGGGUCAAACGUAGAUCGAGUUAAUUAAGAACGUACGUACGUACAUAAAAAUCAAUCAAGUAGCUACGUACAUGCAUAAACGUAGAUCCAUCGUAUACAUACAUACAUAUUGAUCGAAUACGUAGCUAUAUAAUUAAGGAUGUCGUGGCAAACAUACGUGGACGAUCACCUGAUGUGCGACAUGGAAGGCAACAAGCUCACCUCUGCCGCCAUCCUGGGCCACGACGGCAGCGUUUGGGCGCAGACCGCCAACUUCCCCAAGUUGAGCGGCGAUGAAAUAAGCGCGAUCAUGAAGGAUUUUGAUGAGCCGGGUUCCCUGGCUCCCACGGGACUGCACCUGGGCGGGACCAAGUACAUGGUGAUUCAAGGCGAGCCCGGGGCGGUGGUGCGCGGCAAAAAGGGCCCCGGCGGCAUCACCGUCAAGAAGACCACCCAGUGCUUGCUCUUCGGCAUCUACGAUGAGCCCAUGACUCCGGGCCAGUGCAACUUGGUCGUCGAGAGGCUCGGCGAUUACUUGCUUGACCAGGGCUACUAGCUAGCUCCUCCAUUUUAUUAUUCAUUCAUCAAUAAUUAUAUCAUCCAAUCCAUCACCCUGCCCUGGGGGCCCACCCUUUCCAUCUAAUAAUUAUUUACCGAAUAAUUAAUUAAUUAAUUAGCUUUUAUAUAUAUUUCUUACCUCCUUACUACACUAUACCUUACUUUCUUAUAUUUUCCGGCCUCUAUAUGGAUCCUAAACGUACACUGUUUAUAAGUUGCAUGGGAACACGUAUGUAUGUACCCAUAUAUGUUUACCCAUAUAUAUAUAUAUAUAUAUUCAAUUCAACAACCUUAAUUAUAUUACUCCAUAUAUAUAUUAUUAGCAACUGCUUAGCUUGUUUGUUAAGUACGUAGCUGCAUGCAUGCGCUGCUGGAUCGCAUUCAUCCUUGGAAUUGCUGCCCGCCCCUGCACAUCGGCCGGACCUACUACUUACGUCAACAGCUCUAUGCAUGUUUUCUCUCACUCACCUACAUCUAUAGCUUAGCUUCUCUUUUUGUAUGUUUUAUUUAUCAUGUGGAUGCAUGGGAUUUAUAUCUCAAUUACAUGACUGCACACAUGCAUGCAGCAAUUCAUAAACUCCCAUCCACAUUUAUAUAUGUAUAUUUCUUCUCUCACACCAUUUUUAAUAAUA